ACGCUCACAUCGUGACAACACCAGCACAGUCUGUGGAUCUGCGCGUCUCUCUCUCCUGAUUGUGUAAUAUAGAUUUUUUUUUCAUCCUCUCUUUCUGCAAAGCGACCAAACCCGCAUCCGUGAGCGCAAAGGAGAGAACGGAGCAGAAGAAGAGGAGGAGGAGGAGAAGAUCAGAGGAGGGGGGGCUUAGCAACGUUCAUCCGAGCUCAUUUUUUUUCUUCCCAAUACAUGGCGCAAGGGCUACUACACAAACGGGACUGUCCUGGGUGUGAUCCUGCCACGGUGAAUUUGGAUACCCGAACAAAAUCAGCGGCGGCAUCAGCACCAUCCUCCUCCUCCUCCAUCAGCAUCCCCGGCUGCGGCGGCGCCCACACCGAUUCCUCGUCCUCCUCCUUCAUCUGCCGGCUCUAUGUCGAGUGAUGGUCGGCUUGCCUUGCUGGAUGCUCCCCGCUCUCUCCGGAUCGUCGACCACCGAGCCUCCUCUGACCGCAGAUCCACAUUUUCGGCGGAAACCUGCCCAGAGCUAUAAGGCUCCAUAUGGAAACUGGAGAUCAAAAUUUUUGAAAAAAGGAAAAUCUAAGCUGUUAAUUUUUCCCCUCCCAUCCUUAUUAUUUCUCGUAUUUUAUGUGACAUUUGUCUGUCUGGCCUUCUAAUGAAUUAGUUUAUUGGUUGAGCCUUGAUUUCCUCAUUCCAUCGUGCUGAUUUGUGAGAUUUUCCUGUUACAAAACACCCAGGGAAGAGACUUGAAUCGACUCAUCUAUUCUUUUAAAAUAAGAGAAAUGCCUUCCGUCAUUCGUUUAUGACCCUUAACUGACUUACAAAACUCUAGAAUAUUAUUAUUAAUACUCAUUAUUGCCUACUAAUACCCCCCUUACACGAGCUUUGAAUCUAGCCCUGGAUUCUGACAGUAAAUGCAGCGUUUUAGACUAAAGUAAAAUUGAACUGUUGUACUGUAAGUCUGCCAUUACCUUCAUCUUCUCUCUGCUUCAUUUGAGCUCAUGUAAAUUCAGCUCUAGCUUUUGAUAAACAGGUUGUUUUCUUUAUUCUGGGUCUGUAGAGAGAAAACCAUCUUUAUAGUUUCUCUAUUUUUGAUUCCCACCUCUCCUGGCUUUAACUGAUCCCUUAUAGCUCACUGUUUUUAUCCACAUUUCUCGUGGAAAGCGGCUGUAGCCUGAGCUACCUCUGCAGCUACAGGCCAUCGUCUGUAUUUGUUUUAGUGGAAAAGUGAACGCUACCAAAGAGGAGAUACAUCCCGUCUCUUCCUCUCCCCCAUAAACCUUCCAAGUAAUAGAAUAUUUUCUCUGUUGUUGAGGUCCUCACUCAAACGCAACCAUAAGGUUCCUACCGCAUCCUCCUCCUCCUUCCUCCCUCUCCUUCCGCUCGAGUCUAGCCCGUUUUUUUCGGUUUGGUUUGGUCCCGAAAUUUUUCAAAUAUUUACUUCCUGUACAUCAAGAGGAAAGGGGGUCCCCCUUUCAUGGAAUGCGGAAACAUGGGUCUGUUCGACCGCGGAGUCCAGAUGCUGCUGACCACGGUGGGCGCCUUCGCGGCCUUCAGCCUCAUGACCAUCGCGGUCGGCACGGACUACUGGCUGUACUCCCGCGGGGUCUGCAAGACCAAAUCCAUGAGCGAGAACGAGACCAGCAAGAAGAACGAGGAGGUGAUGACCCAUUCGGGCCUGUGGAGGACGUGCUGCUUGGAAGGGAACUUUAAAGGGAUGUGUAAACAAAUAGACCACUUUCCGGAGGAAACUGAUUACGAAGCAGACCCAUCUGAGUACUUCUUACGUGCGGUGCGAGCCUCCAGCAUCUUCCCCAUCCUCAGUGUCAUAUUACUCUUCAUGGGAGGCCUGUGUAUAGCUGCCAGUGAGUUCUACAAGUCACGCCACAACAUCAUCCUCAGUGCAGGGAUCUUCUUUGUUUCUGCAGGUCUCAGCAACAUUAUCGGGAUCAUCGUGUACAUAUCAGCUAAUGCAGGGGACCCUUCAAAAAGCGACUCAAAGAAGAACAGCUAUUCAUAUGGCUGGUCCUUCUACUUUGGUGCCCUAUCCUUUAUUAUGGCUGAGAUGGUUGGCGUCUUGGCCGUGCACAUGUUCAUCGACCGCCAUCGACAGCUGCGAAUAGGGGCACGCGCAGCCGACUACCUCCAAGGCUCGGCCAUAACACGGAUCCCCAGCUAUCGAUAUCGCUACAGGCGCCGUUCGCGCUCCUCUUCCCGAUCCACAGACCCGUCACAUUCCCGCGACGCCUCACCCGUGGGCCUCAAGGGCUUCAGCGCGCUACCAUCCACAGAGAUCUCCAUGUACACGCUUCCCAGGGACACCCUCAAGUCGUCCGGUACGCCCACAGCCACCUUCAACUCUGAGAGGGACCACAACUUCCUUCAAGUCCACAACUGCAUCCAGAAGGACCUGAAAGACUCGAGUCACACCAACACAGCGAACCGCCGCACCACGCCUGUAUGAGAGAAUGGAGACAGGCCUGGCAAGCUCACCGGAGAUCAGGAGACACAGGCAACCCCUUUGGAUGCCGUCGACUCCUGGAGAAGUUGGAUUUCCAUGUUUAUAGACAUUCAUUGUUUUUGUUUAAAUGCAUGACUUUUCCAUAACCAUUGUUGAGAGAGUUUCCAACGAGUCUGCCUCGUUCUGGGAUUGAUCGGGUCGGGUAGCCUAGAGACGAGUGAGAUCUGUCAUGUUUUUGGGCAGGUUUUCUUUUCCAGGUUACAAGUGAAAGGUGGGAGGAUUGGGCAUAUACCAGAUAAUCAGUUCCAUGAUUUCAUGCCCUUGAGUUCGGUUGGGGCGACAGUUCCAGCUACCCCUCAGCCAGCCUAAUGCUAAGAUAUAUAUAAGCCCUUUUUUUAUUUAUUGACUCAUUUGUUAAUUUUUUGCAUUAAAACUGUGAAUUGUUACAGCUUGGGAUUCAGUAAGAAGUACCCCAAUCUGUAAUCUCUAACAAAGGUACUAUAUAUAUAUAUAUAUAUAUAUAUAUAUAUAUAUAUAUAUAUAUAUAUAUAUAUAUAUAUAUAUAUAUAUAUAUAUAUACAUAUAUACAUAUAUAUAAAUAUAUGUAUUACUUUUAUAAAUAAAUUAUUAUGUUAAUAAUCAAGAGAUAACAGACUUUACUGAAGCAAAAAACAAAAAAAAGGAGAAAAUUCAACCAAGUGCUGUUGAUAAUAGGAGAAAAGACUUUUCUAUCUCUUCAUUUGAAGGUCAAGAACAAGAGAAGGUCCUUAAGGUACCAGAAGCAGAAGCAGGCAUUCAACAGUAGAGUAUUACAUAUUCUUUUAAUAGAACCUUCUCUGCUUUUUCUCCAACUCUGUUCUCUUUCUUUUUCGAGGGUUUGGUGUAAAGGGAGCGUUGAAACCCCCACCCUCUUUCAGAAAGAGCCAAGCAAAGGAGUCAAAGCUCGACUUGCAAAGACUCCAAAAACACGACUUCUGCAAAACGGAAAGAAAGGAGCAGAGAGGGAAGAAAAAGAAGAGGACGCCAGACACAAAAACAAAAAACAAGUUUAAUAUGAAAUAGAACAAGAAAAGCUAAGAGACUCACAAUUUCAGAAAUUAAAUGCAUGCUAUUAAAUUACAGCAAAUCUGCUCUUGAGAAACUUAAGUUUUAAAGGUUAAUUACUAUAAGGGGAAAAAAGCAAAGGCGCUAGAGUUUAAAGUAUUAAUGUUUUCAUGUGUGGAUUUAUUAUGGUUUCUUUUUUUAUUACUUUUAUUUAGCAUAUAUUAUCUCAUUACAUUUGUCAGACGAACCAAACAAUUUACUUUGAACAAAACUGCUUUCUUUAAACUGUUCAGUUGGUUUCUUUAUAAAUAUAUAAAUAAAUGUAUGUAUGUAUUUUAUGUUGGUUUGGAAAACUCACACAGCCUUAGCCAUUUCUUUGAUUCUUUUCAUUUUUAAUGUGCUGUUCGAAUUGAUAAUGAAAUCUUUAAAAGGUGCCAAAAACCGAAUGAUCCUAUACUUGGAUGCAUCAAGUCCUGAUGAAUAAAAUACGAACCCUAGGGGGAACAAAUCA